ACACUAGUUGACCAUGGCUUCAGUCCCUCAUCGUUUGCGGUGUCAGUUGAUGCCCAGACUUCCAGCAUAGCGACAAGAUUUGCGGUUCAUCAACGUUAUACGUGGAUACGAAAUUUUCUGUUUGCUUUUAAUCGUUUAAUAAAGAUUCGAUAUUAAGGAUGUAUUCCUUUGUUGCUAUGAUUGCUAUCUUCUAUGUAUCAACGUUUAAUACCGUCGAUGCACAAUUUCCAAGACAAUCUGAUUGCAAUACGCCAAAUGAAAUUGCUGGAAAUUGUAUUACAAUCCGUCAAUGUAUACCAUUAUUGACUAUGCUUCAAGAAAAGCCUCUCCGACCGGAAACCGUGGAUUAUCUAAUACGAUCUCAAUGUGGCUUCGAAGGCAAAGAUCCUCGUGUAUGUUGUCCUCUUUCUACUGUCGAAUCAAAUCGAAUCAGUCAACCUUCUUAUCCGGGGACUGUACCACCUACAGAAGAAAAACAUAGUGCAUCAGAAAAAACAGACGAUACCGUCAGCAAUUUACUUGAUAAUCCUUUAUUACCAACCGAAUGCGGAAAAAGUUUGAUACCUCGAAUCAUCGGAGGACAACGUACUGCUCUUGAUGAAUUUCCAUGGAUGGCUCUGUUGGAAUAUCAACAUCCAAGAGGACGAACUACUGCCUGCGGAGGAGUUUUGAUUAACGAACGUUAUGUACUUACUGCUGCUCAUUGCAUAAAGGGUAAGGAUUUACCACCAACGUGGACGUUAACAAGCGUACGAUUAGGUGAAUACGAUACCUCCUCCGAUAAAGAUUGCAUUCAAGAGGAAGACGAAGUUAUAUGCUCCGAUGAUCCGAUCACAGUAGGCAUCGAAGAACAAAUUGCUCAUGAACAAUACAGACCAUUGUCGAAAGAUCAGAAAUAUGAUAUCGCAUUAUUGAGAUUGUCAAGGAAUAUCGUCUCGACAAAUUAUAUAAAGCCAAUUUGUUUGCCACGAACUCCUUCAUUUGGUCAAAAAAUGUACGUAGCAGGUUGGGGUAAAACGGAAUACAAUUCGUCCUCGGAUUUCAAGCUAAAACUAGCAUUACCUUUGACCGAUAAAAAUGAUUGCGAUAGAACUUAUAAUCAAGUUGGUAUCAGGCUCGGUUUCGGACAAAUUUGUGCCGGUGGUCAGAAAGGUAAAGAUUCAUGCAGAGGAGAUUCAGGUGGACCACUCAUGUCUGUUGAAAAUUCAUCUAACGGUAAUGGAAUAUGGGCAGCCGUAGGAGUUGUAUCCUUUGGUCCUACACCCUGUGGUAUGCCUGGUUGGCCUGGUGUUUAUACUAAAGUUUAUGAUUUUGUUCCAUGGAUAACUAGUAAGAUAAGGUCUUAAGAAAACUAUUAGAGGGAUUUUGUACUUUCUCGUAUUCCUAUUCUUUCUAAUUUCUUCCUUCUCUUUUUAUCGUUGUUAUUUCUUCUCUUUAUUUUUUCCUUCGCAAAAAAUUUUUUAUUAAAGAAAUAUUUUAAUUAAAACCGACCGAUAAUUAAAAGAAAUUUUACUCUCGUACUUAAUAAUUCUACGUGAAACUAUAUUUAUAUUAGUUUUAAGAAUCUUAAGAUAUAAAGAAUAAAAGAGAUAAGAAAGAAAAAACAAAAGCAAGGAAGAAAACUGCCGGAGUACAAUAGACCAUGUACUUGACCUUUGACGAACAACUGUAAUUACUCAUAAAGGAACAUGUCGAAUUUAAUUUAUAUUCAAGCGAUAUAUUACUAUAUUAACUAUUUUUUUAAUUUAGAAAUUAUCAAUGAAUUGUUUCUAUCGACUUCUUCAUCGGAAGAAUAAAAUUCUUUUUUUCUACUA